AUGCGCUCGUUCAUUGCUUCAUCAGUUUUUCUAGGGCUUGCGUACGCGGCCGCCGUACCUGUCGAAGCUUCAGUCGUACCUCGAGGUAGCCAUGGCCACAAGAAGCUCAAUGUCCAAGUCGGUGUUCGGCCCUACUAUCUUGUCGAUGACAUGGACGAAAGUCCAUUGAAAGAGAAGCUCGAGAGCUGCUCGGAGCAAAAGUUCAAGACCUCAGACUUCGUUUUCGCCCAUCGUGGAGCACCCCUUGAGUUCCCCGAACAUACGCUUCAAAGCUACAGGGCGGCCCAUCGUCAGGGGGCUGGUGUCAUUGAAUGCGAUGUUGCGUUCACGAAGGACAAGCAGCUCGUCUGCCGCCAUGCACAGUGCGAUCUGCAUUUUACAACCAACAUUUUGAACACCACAUUGGCCUCGAAGUGCACGACGCCAUUUACGCCGUUCAAUGGCACCGCACCAGCAACUGCCAAGUGCUGCACUUCGGACAUCACACUCGCAGAGUUCGAGACGCUCUGUGGAAAGAUGGAGGGCUUCAAUCCCAACGCUACAACUCCCCUGAAAUACAUGGACGGCACACCUUACUUUCGCACCAACCUCUAUGCUCAAGGCUGCCCUAAGCUCAUGACCGUCGACUCCUAUAUCCCCUUAGUCGACUCCUGGGAUCUCAAAUUCACUGCAGAACUCAAGACGCCAGAAGUCAAGAUGCCAUUCAAUGGCUACACGCAGAAGCAAUACGCCCAGGACCUCGUCAACAAAUUCUACGAGCACGGCAUCAAUCCCAGUCGUGUGUUCUUGCAGUCUUUCCUCCCAGAUGAUAUCUUUUACUGGAUCGACAAUGAGCCUAAAUUUGGCAAACAAGCUGUUUACCUCGACGAGCGCGUUGACACACCAGCCGGCUAUGCCAACGCCACAGCCAGCAUUCCCGGGCUCGCCAAGCGCGGUGUGAAGAUCAUGGCGCCUGCAUUUUUUGCACUGACCAAGCUCAACGAUGCAGGCAAGAUCGUGCCGUCUGAGUACGCUAUCGCUUGCCAGAAGGCCGGUCUUGAUAUUGUUGCUUGGAGUUUUGAGCGCUCUGGGUGGUUGCAGAUCGGCGGCGGUGGAUAUUAUUAUGACUACGUGAAGAAUGUCCUCAACAACGACGGCGACAUGUAUACUGUUCUCGACGUUCUGGCUCAGCAGGUGAAGGUCAAGGCUAUGUUCUCGGACUGGCCUGCAACCGUCACGUACUACGCGAACUGCUUUGGUUUGUAA